AUGCCAACCAACUCCACCAACAGUGCUCCCUUCUGUUGCCUGCACGCAGCAGAGACGGAAACCACUGCAUCAACAGUGCUGCCUCUCGAUGUGGUGCUACCUCAGAUUGAAGGAGAGUGGUCGGUGCGGAGGUACUCGUCGGUGGGGCACGAGGUUGACUUCGUGGUUGCAAUUGAUUCUGUCUUCACAUGCACGUGUGAAUUUUGUCUCACGUGGAAGCCGCAUUUGGUGGUUGAUGCACGUGAGUCAUGGGUUGGAAGUAAUGAAGUGGUCGGUGGUGCACAUCCCAAUGGAGUGGAAUCUCCUCCUCCUCCUCCUCCUCCUCCUCCUCGUCUGCAUUGUUUGGUUCGACUAUGUGGAGGUCUUACCUCGAUGCCACAUGGUUUCAUCAGCAAAAUGCUGAUGAAGGUGGUGCAAAUGGAGGGCGUUUGGUGCGGUUUCGCCAAUUCUGCUUUGGGUGAGGUUGGACAUGAUUGGAUUUUGGAGUUGGCAGAGUUCGAAUUGUCACCAACAUUGGUGGAGCAGGAGUGA